CCAUUUUUAACAAAGAAAUCAAAUCUAAAAAAACAUGUCUUCAACUUUCUGCACAGUUUUACUGGUUGUUCUAUCCUUCAGCAGUGCACUGUCGGAGCUAUGCAACCCAGAAGACAAGCAAGCCCUUCUCCAAUUCAAGAAAGAGCUUGGCAACCCCAUCACUCUCUCCUCAUGGCUUCCAACCACCGACUGUUGCAACAGAACCUGGCAAGGUGUUUCAUGCGACACCGACACCCAAACAUACCGCGUCAACAACCUCGACCUCUCCGACCUUAACCUCCCAAAACCCUAUCCCAUCCCUUCCUCCCUCGCCAACCUCCCUUACCUCAAUUUUCUAUACAUUGGUCGCACCAACAACCUCGCCGGCCCAAUCCCCCCCGCCAUCGCUAAACUCACCCAACUCCGUUAUCUCUAUAUCACCCACACCAACGUCUCCGGCACAAUACCCGAUUUCUUGUCACAAAUCAAAACCCUCGUCACCCUCGACUUCUCCUACAACGCCCUCUCCGGCACCCUCCCUCCCUCCAUCUCUUCUCUCCCCAACCUCGUCGGGAUCACCUUCGACGGUAACCGAAUCUCCGGCGCCAUCCCCGACUCCUACGGCUCGUUUUCGAAGCUGUUCACGUCGAUGACCAUCUCCCGCAACCGCCUCACUGGGAAGAUUCCAGCGACGUUUGCGAAUCUGAACCUGGCGUUCGUUGACUUGUCUCGGAACAUGCUGGAGGGUGACGCGUCGGUGUUGUUCGGGUCGGAUAAGAACACGCAGAAGAUACAUCUGGCGCAGAACUCUCUUGCUUUUGAUCUGGGGAAGGUAGGGCUGUCAAAGAACUUGAAUGGGUUGGACCUGAGGAACAACCGUAUCUAUGGGACGCUACCUGAGGGACUCACGCAGCUUAAGUUUCUGCACAGUUUGAAUGUGAGCUUCAAUAAUCUGUGUGGUGAGAUUCCUCAAGGUGGGAACUUGCAAAGAUUUGACGUGUCUUCUUACGCUAACAACAAAUGCUUGUGUGGCUCUCCUCUUCCUGCUUGCACUUGAUCAUUUCAUUUCCAGAUUUGGUAAUAUAUGGAUGCAUGAUGUUUGCCUUUGUAUGAACAUCUAUAAUUCUGUCUCCACCUCAUGAGAAAAUAAGUUUAUACGA